AUGAAGCAGCUCGUCUCCCAAGAUGCGCCCAAAAAGAUCAAGCACAUCCAGUUCGGUGUGCUCUCCAAACAGGACAUCGUCAACAUGUCCGAGAUCGAGGUCACAACCAGAGAUCUCUACACCAUCGGCGAGGCCGAACGCAGACCGGUAGCCAACGGCACCCUCGACAGGCGUCUCGGUGUAUCAGAUAAGAACUCGCUCUGCGAAACCUGCCACCUCAAAAUGGCAGACUGCGUCGGCCACUACGGCUACAUCAAGCUCGUCCUGCCCGUAUUCCACAUCGGCUUCUUCAAGCACACCGUCGCCAUCCUACAGAGCAUCUGCAAAAACUGCGCAACCGUCCUCCUCGAAGAGCCCGACCGCAGAAAGUUCCUCAAACGCUUCCGCCGACCCAACCUCGAAAACCUCGACCGCACACGAACCUUCAAGGCGGUCAACACCAUCGCACGCAAGGUCCUCUACUGCCCAAAGUGCGGCUAUACCAACGGCACCGUCAAGAAGCAGGGUCAGCUCAAAAUCGUCCACGAAAAGUUCAGGGCAAAGAAGACAGCCGCAGAACACGAAGAGUUCAGAGCAUCCUUCGCCACCAACAUCAAGAUGGGCAACGGCGACAUCACCCCCCACCUCAACAAGGCACAGGAGGAUCUCAACCCGCUCAAGGCACUCGACCUCUUCAAGCGCAUCUCGGACGAGGACUGCGAGCUCCUCGGCCUGCGUCCCGAGUUUGGUCGUCCGGAAGAGUACAUCUGGCAGUACAUCUGCGUCCCACCCGUCUGCAUUCGUCCCUCGGUCGCACAGGAUGGCGCCACCAACGAGGACGACGUCACCAUCAAGCUCACAGAGAUCAUCUUCACCAACAGCCUCCUCAAGCUCGGCCUGGUCAAGGGCGGCAAGGGCACCACCACCAGCCAGCUCGUCCAGCAGUGGGAGUUCCUCCAGCUCACCGUCGCGCUCUACAUCAACUCCGAGCUGCCAGGCGUCCCCACACAGCCGGGUCAGAAGCCCAGCCGCGGCUUCUGCCAGCGACUCAAGGGCAAACAGGGUCGAUUCCGCGGCAACCUGUCAGGCAAGCGUGUCGACUUCUCCGGUCGAACCGUCAUCGGUCCCGACCCCAACCUCAAGAUCGACGAGGUCGCCGUUCCCCAGAGAGUCGCCAAGAUCCUCACCUACCCGGAGCGCGUCUUCGAGCACAACAUCGAGCAGCUCCGCCAGGCCGUCCGCAACGGCACCGACGUCCAUCCGGGCGCCAACUACCUCAUGGACGGCAAGACCGGCUUCAAGCGUUUCCUCAAAUUCCCGGGCAUGCGCGAGGAACUCGCGCAGAAGCUCCGCGUCGGCGACGUCGUCGAGCGCCACAUCCGCGACGGCGACAUCGUUCUCUUCAAUCGACAACCCUCGCUUCACAAGCUCUCCAUCAUGUCGCAUCGUGUCAAGGUCCGACCCUGGCGUACCUUCCGUCUCAACGAAUGCGCCUGCAACCCCUACAACGCCGACUUUGACGGAGACGAGAUGAACAUGCACGUUCCUCAGACCGAAGAGGCCAGGACGGAAGCCACCAUCCUCAUGGGUGUCAAGCACAACCUCGUCACGCCCAGAAACGGCGAACCCAUCGUCGCCGCUAUUCAGGACUUCAUCACCGCCUCCUACCUCAUCUCCAAGCGCGACCGCUUCUUCGACCGAGCACAGUUCUCCCAGAUCUGCAGCUACUUUGCCGACGCCAAUCUGCACAUCGACAUUCCACCACCCGCCAUCAUGAAGCCCGUCCGCCUCUGGACGGGCAAGCAAGUCAUGUCGUGUCUCAUCCGUCCCAACAGCAAGAGCCCGCACAUUGUCAACCUCGAGGCGCAGUGCCGUACCUUCGAAAAGCCCACCGGCGGCCAUCCCAAGGACAUGUCGCCCAAUGACGGCUGGCUCGUCAUCGUCAACUCCGAGGUCAUGUGCGGUGUCUUUGACAAGUCCACCGUCGGUGACGGAAAGAAGAACUCCGUCUUCGGCGUCAUGCUCCGCGACUACGGGCCCGAUGCGGCCAUCACCGCCAUGAACCGACUCGCAAAGACGUGCGCCCGCUGGCUCGCCAACCAGGGUUUCUCUCUCGGUAUCAACGACGUGAUUCCUGGCCCCAAUCUGCGCAAGAACAAGGACGCCAAGGUCGAAGCAGCCUACGCCGAGUGUCUGGACCUCAUCGAGAAGGCCAAGCGCGGCAAGCUCGAGAAUCUGCCAGGAUGCGACCAGGAGCAGACGCUCGAAAACAUGAUCUCCGGUGUGCUCUCCGGCGUCCGAAGCGACGUUGGUGAGAUCUGCAUGACCGAGCUCAGCCGCCACAACGCGCCGCUCGUCAUGGCAUUCUGCGGUUCCAAGGGUAGUAAGAUCAACGUCGCACAGAUGGUCGCCUGUGUAGGCCAGCAGAUCAUCGCAGGCUCCCGUGUGCCCAACGGCUUCCAGGAUCGAUCGCUUCCGCAUUUCCCCAAGAAGUCCAAGGACCCGCUCUCCAAGGGCUUCGUGCGCAACUCGUUCUUCAGCGGUCUGACGCCCACCGAAUUCUUAUUCCACGGUAUCUCGGGACGAGAAGGUCUCGUCGACACUGCAGUCAAGACGGCCGAGACCGGCUACAUGCAGCGUCGACUGAUGAAGGCGUUGGAGGAUCUCUCGACCCACUACGAUCUCAGUGUGCGCAACUCGGUUGGCGGUGUGGUGCAGUUCAUCUACGGAGACGACGGCCUGGAUCCUGCGGAGCUCGAGGGCAAUGCCAUGCCCAUCGAGCCCUUCCGCCUUUGGCGUCACUGCGUCGCCAUUACACGUCACCUGCCCGGGCGCGGACUAUUCCCUUACGAGAUCAUGGAGAUCGUCAAGCGCGAACUCACCAGCCCCAAGUUCGUCAACACGUGCACACAGAAAUAUCGCGACUCUGUGCACGAGUUCCUGCACGAGAACGUGUUCAAGCGCGCCGUCGCCGUGCGCGAGGCGUUUGGCAUGUACGGUGCCGAGGAGCGCGAAGAGCACUGGGACGAGCACACGGAUCUUUCCAUCGGCGCCAACCGCGACCAGUGGGCGAUCGUCGACAACAAGACCAAGGUCAAGGAGGCGGCCAUCGUCGCGUUCCUCCACCAGUGCUACAUCAAGUACAUGAGGGCCAAGAUCGAGCCCGGCUCGGCUGUGGGUGCGGUGGGAGCGCAGUCGAUCGGCGAGCCAGGCACGCAGAUGACGCUCAAGACGUUCCACUUUGCCGGUGUGGCGUCGAUGAACGUCACGCUGGGUGUUCCUCGUAUCAAGGAGAUCAUCAACGCGGCCAAGGUAAUCAACACGCCCAUCAUCGAGGCCAAGCUGGUUUCGGAAAAGUCGGAGCGCGCGGCACGCAUCGUAAAGGGACGAAUCGAGAAGACGUACCUUGGCGACAUCGCCUCGGUGAUCGAAGAGGCGUGGGCGGCGCAGUACACCUACCUCGGCGUGCACAUUGACAUGGACGCGAUCCAGAAGCUCCAGCUCGAGAUCACGCUCAACGACAUCAAGUGGGCGAUUGUCAACGCGCCCAAGCUCAAGAUCAAGGAGGAGCGUGUGAUGGUGGUGCCCAAGAAGAACCGCAUCCGCAUCUACGUGCCGCCCGAGGGCGUGGACAAGGAGAGCGAGGUGUACUACAACCUCAAGGCGCUCAAGCGUGCGCUGCCGUCGAUCGUCGUCAAGGGCAUCCCGCAGGCGACGCGUGCGGUGAUUUCGGACGAGAAGGGCACGCGCAAGUUGCUGGUGGAAGGCUACGGCCUGCUCAAGGUCAUGACGACCGAGGGAGUGAUCGGCACGCAGACGCACACGAACCACGUGAUGGAGAUGCAGUCGGUGCUGGGUAUCGAGGCGGCCCGCACGUCGGUGUACCGCGAGAUCGAGACGACCAUGUCGGCGCACGGCAUGAGCAUCGACCCGCGACACAUUAUGCUGCUCGCCGACACCAUGACGUACAAGGGCGAGGUGCUGGGCAUCACGCGAUUCGGCGUGGCCAAGAUGAAGGACAGCGUGCUCAUGCUCGCCAGUUUCGAAAAGACCACCGACCAUCUGUUCGAUGCGGCGCUCUUCGGCAAGAAGGACGAGGUGCUCGGCGUGAGUGAGAGCAUCAUCAUGGGCAACCCUGCGCAGACGGUCGGAACGGGCAUGCCGGCUCUGGUGGUGCCGGCGCCAAAGCUGCCGCCGCGUCGUGCGCUGUUAGUGAGGGUCGAUGGCGCGGCGGAGCUGAUCUUUGGAGCGUCGGCGAUGUGGGGGUUUGCGUUCGGCUUCUGUGGACACGGACCACUUUUGCACCGAACCGAGCUGGAAAUCCGGGGUAAAGUCCGGCGUUCAAAGCUGGCCGGUCAUGUACCUCCCUCCUCCAUCCUCAACUUCAAGUCGCGGUAUGAUCCUUGGUCGCACCUUAUCUUCUCGCUUCCUCCAUCGCUUGCGCCUAGAAACGCCCAGAUUCAAUCCACCAGCACUACGCCCCUAAUUGGCGAGCCUGUGGAUGCAGAGCUCGAUGUCGGUCAAGCGACGUACUCCUCUCAGCCUGUGAGGGUGCACGUGUACUCGGGCACGUCGAUCCUGCAUCCAGGCGAGCGUACAGGCGAAGAAGUGACCGUAGGUCGUCUUUUGUCGCCUCUCGCUCAGAGCGAAGUGGGUAUGAUCCGAUGUAUCGGAUUGAACUACAUCACACACGCAAAGGAGGUGGGGAUGGACAUUCCGACUGUCCCCACGCUUUUCACCAAGCCUGAUACAGCUCUGGCAGGACCGUGGCCGCAAAACACGGUGAUCCCGAAAAGCUUCGUGCAGGACGAUGCGGCGGAUUACGAAGCAGAGGUGGUGCUCGUCAUUGGCAAAGAGUGCAAGAACGUCUCCGAGCAAGAUGCCAUGGAGUAUUUGCUUGGGAUCACGGCGGCAAACGACGUUUCGUCGCGCAAGGCGCAGUUUUCACAGUCGCAGUGGAGCUACUCCAAGGGCUUUGAUGGCGCAUGCCCCAUCGGCCCCGCUUUCGUCCACAAGGACGCUAUCGGAAACAUGACGGAAGUGCAGAUCUCAGCAAGUCUAGAUGGUAAAAUCGUACAAAAGAGCGACCUCAGUGAUCUCAUCUUUUCGAUCCCCAAGAUCAUUUCGUUCCUGUCGCAGGGCACCACGCUUCGCGCCGGAACCAUCAUUCUCACCGGGACGCCGGCGGGAAUCGGCUGGACCAGCCAGCCCAAACGCACGCUGCAGCACGGCAGCACCUUUGCAGUCACCAUCUCGCACGGUGUCGGCACACUGAUCAAUCAGAUCGAGCAUGAAACCUAA